UGACUUCACGUUCUGUAAUUAGGGCAAAGGUGAUGGCAACGAUUCUCGAACUGGCGUGAAUUCACACAACAACGUUGCAACAAAAUAUCAACAUUCUCCGUUUCACCCGAACAAUUUGAUAGCUGUCUUUGGAUGAUCAUAUAUUGCAGCUGUCUCGUUGAAGUGAAAUAAUGGAUAACCAGAUUUUCGAGUCCACCGCUGAACGGACGUUUCAGUAUCAGGACAGUCUGCCCUCUUUACCUGUGCCUUCUCUACAGGGCACACUGAACAAAUACCUGGAUGCAGUAAGACCCUUUGCAUCUGAAGAGGAGUUUCAAGCCACAACGGCUUCUGUGAAGCGCUUUGAGAAGGGCAUUGGACAUCUGCUUCACCAGAAACUUCUGCAGAGAGCCAAAUCCAGACGCAACUGGCUUGAGGAUUGGUGGCUGGACUCUGCAUAUCUAGAGUUGCGCUUUCCCUCUCAGCUGAAUGUGAAUUUUGCGGGUCCUACAGCGUACCUAGAGCACUGCUGGCCUGCACGUGAGGGCACCCAGUUGGAGAGGGCCAGUAUGGUUUUGUGGAUCACCCUCCAGUAUUGGGAUCUUCUUCGCACGGAGAAGCUAGCCAUUCACAAAGCAGGAAAUGUACCCUUUGACAUGGAUCAGUUUCGCAUGCUCUUCUGCACCUGCAAGGUGCCUGGAAUCAAUAAGGACACAAUCCUUAACUUUUUCAAAACAGAGAGUGAAGGACCGUGUCCUUCUCAUAUGGUAGUUAUGUGUCGUGGGAGGCUCUUCACGUUUGAUGCCCUCUGUGAUGGUCGUAUCCUCACUCCCCCAGAGCUGUUGAGGCAGCUCAGGUACAUUAAAGAAUCUUGUGAUAGUGAGCCAGAAGGAGAUGGAGUGGGUGCCCUGACCACAGAGGAAAGGACCACCUGGGCCAAAGCACGGGAUCAUCUGAUCUCCAUUGAUCCUGCAAAUAAAACCAUAUUGGAGACUAUUCAGAGUUCCCUGUUUGUACUUACCCUGGAUGAUGCCAAAUCUUAUUCUACCCCUGAAAACUACUCAAAGCUGACCCAGCUUUCAUUGACUGGUGAUCCCACAAUCCGCUGGGGUGAUAAAUCUUACAAUCUGCUCUCCUUCUCUGAUGGCACCUUUGGUUCUAACUGUGAUCAUGCUCCCUAUGAUGCAAUGGUUUUGGUGUCUCAUGGCUACUACAUAGACCAAAAGCUGAAAGCCAAUGGUGGAGUGUGGAAGGGUUCAGACGUUGUGCGUGACCUGCAUGUGCCAGAGGAACUCAUAUUUACUGUGGAUGAAAGAGUGAAAAGAGACAUCAGUCUGGCUAAAGAACAGUACCAGAAAAGUGCACAGGACCUACAGGUUGUCUCUUAUGCUUUUACUUCCUUUGGAAAAGCAGCCAUUAAGAAGAGAAAACUUCACCCGGACACAUUUGUCCAGCUCGCCCUGCAGUUGGCAUAUUACAGGGUGCACGGAAAGCCUGGAAGUUGUUAUGAAACGGCCACCACAAGACGCUUCUAUCAUGGCCGCACAGAGACCAUGAGGCCCUGUACCGUGGAGGCUGUGCACUGGUGCAGAAUUAUGCUCAACCCUGCCGCCACUACUGAAGAGAAAAGGAAAGCUCUAUAUGCAGCUGCCAACAAACACAACAAACUAAUGGGAGAGGCGCAGAAUGGAAAAGGUUUUGACAGACAUCUCUUAGGCUUGUACCUAGUUGCUAAGGAAGAGGGUCUUCCUUUGCCUGACCUGUACUCAGAUCCGCUCUAUGCUAAGAGUGGAGGAGGGGGAAAUUUUGUGCUGUCUACGAGUCUUGUGGGCUACACUACUGGGCUUGGAGCAGUUGCACCCAUGGUGCACCAUGGAUAUGGAUUUUUCUACCGUAUCCGUGAUGACAGGAUUGUUGCAUCCUGUACCGCUUGGAAAUCCAAUCCAGAGACGGAUGCUGAGAACCUUUUUCAGAACCUCACCACGUCUUUCCAUGACAUCAUGCACGUCACAACUCUCUCCCAACUGUGAAGCAAAGCAUCUUGGGAAGUAUGAAACUAACCUCACUGCUUUAGAUAUGACGUUUAACAAAACUUAUUAUACAUGGUUCUUUCAGGUAUUACCUUCCUUUUGGCUGACGAAUCUGCUAUUAACAGGAUAUGGCUAGAUUUGACAGGGUUGACUUGCUUUCUAUGUUCAAUUAACAAUAUUUAGAAGCUUGACAAUUCUGUAUAAAUGUGGACACGUUAACAGACUUAACAGAGAGACGAUUUCCAGAAAUAAUCUGCAGUAGUUUUAUUAAAACUGUCAUGUGCCUUCAGUUAGUUAUUUCUUAUGAAUCGCUUAGAUUAGGAAUCGAUAAACAUUUCUAUCCUAAUGUAUUUCCACAUUACGAGGCAAUUUCCCGGACAGGGUUUAGAUUAAUCCAGGACUAGGCCUUAGUUAUAUUAGGACAUUUAAGUAGUUUUUACAACCAAACCUUACAAAAAACAAUACUUAUUUUCAUCUCGAGACAAAACUGUGUGUGAUAUAUGUUAGAAUACGUUAGUGCAAUGUGUUUUUAAAUUAAGGCAGCUCAAAUAGCAUUUUAGUCUGGGACUAGGAUAAGCCCUGUCUGGAAAACCGCCCAUUAUUGCCUCCUGUUAACUAGUGACCUUUAAAAAAAUGUGUUAUGUCAGGAAUCUAAUGUUUAAGAAUCGCAAUUCCACUGGAUGUUAAUGCAAUAUGAUUUGAUUUUAAGAUUAGCCCUCAUGUUUGGAAUUCGAACCUGGCCUCUUAUUCCAAUUCUGUACCAUUUAAAGUCUCAAACCAGGAUGUUAUAAUCCUGACAAUUUUAUCUUUUCAUUUUCAACAAGUUGUUUCUUUACAGAUCUACUGUUUGACCUUACCUCACAUUUUUAAUGCACAAAUCAAUGCAAUAGAGCAAAAAAACAAUGCAAAUGUAUGUAAUUCCUUUAUUUUUUCAAUUUCAUGAUUGUCAUAAAUUUGCAUAAGAAUGAUUCUCAUUCUCACCAUGUGGGUUUUCUCAUUUUAAGGCGUAAUGCACUAGAGGGCAGUCUUUCUUGCACCAAUAGAGUAAAUUAAUGUUUUUUUAUAUUGUAGAUACCUGCGAUGAGCAAAAAUUAUAUUUUGUUACUAUUUAACCAACCAAAUAAGUGUCAAUAGUUCUUAUUUUACUGAUACUAACUCUGCUGUAUUUGCUUCUCUUAAAAAGCAUGAUCUUCUUGUAUUGUCAUUAUGAAUGUAAAUUGUUCACCACAAAUUUUACUCUGAUCUCAGAUAUUAAAUGCAUGCAAGGGUAACACUUUACAUUUACAAUAAGGUGGUAUUAGUAAGCAUUAGUAGAUAGAUGCAUUAACUAACAUGAACAAACAAUGUACAAUAUAGUUGUUUUUUAAGCAUUUAUUAAUUUUUAUUAAUGUUAGUUAAUGUAAAUACGGUUAUUCAUGUUAGUUCAUGGCCCAUUAACUAAUGUUAACUAAUAAUGUAUUAGUAAAUGCUCAAAAUAACACAAACUAAGAUUAAUAAAUGCUUUAUAUGUAUUGUUCAUUAUUAGUUCAUGAUAGCUAAUGCAUUAAAGGCGGAGUGCACGAUGUUUGAAAGCCAAUGUUGAUAUUUGAAAUCACCCAAACAAACACGCCCCUACCCCUAUAGAAUCUGGACCUUCUGUUGAUAGACCCGCCCCACACAUGCGCAACUCGGCAUUUGAUUUGAUUUGAUUGGCUAUAAGUGUGUUUUGGUAGUCGGCUCGUCUCCUUUUCCAAUACGUUUUUCAAACAUCGUGGACUCCGCCUUUAAGUAAUUGUUAAAAAGUACAACCUUAUUGUAAAGUGUUCCCAAUGCAAGAAUAGAAGAAAAGCAAGCACUUACAAUG